GGUGAUACGAACAGAACCGUCGUUGACGAUAUAUUGGGAACUAACAAACGAGGGUCAGGAGGUAGCCGCAAGCGGCAGCCACGAAUAUAAUAUCUGGAAGGCGAUUCCGCCGAAAACAGGGAUCCUACAGAAGGAGUUGAUGGUUGCAGUGAGCGUUGCGAAGUUCCUCGCAACGGUUCCAAACGCUAAGGUUGGCUUCGGUAAAGCGAUCAGUGCCGGUUGGAUCACGAUCCAAAAGAAUGACAAACAAGUGUUAGUGUUCAGAAAAGUUGAAUGCGUAAAGGAUGUUGUGCAAAAGAAUCUCCAGUUAAUCGAGCAUGGGGCCGAAAUCGAUGAUGCGGUUAAAAUUGAACUGCAAAAAAGAAAACUGCUUGUUGAAAAAUCUAUCAAAGAGUUUUACGUUCACCGAGGGCCAGCGUUUACAACCUCGAUAUUCAAAGCUGAAACCGAGCUGACGGCAGAUCUUCUUGCGAAGUACGAUUUGCAUCACAAAUGCGUUUCUAACGUCUUUGCUGCUUCUUUCAGUGAUGAAUGGAAAAACCGCAUUUUCAAAAAAUAUAAUUUUAACGCUUUGGGUCAACCGCUUACCGGCGGCCAUUUGCAUCCAUUGCUGAAGGUUCGUUCGGAGUACCGGCAGGUUUUUCUCGAAAUGGGGUUCACGGAGAUGCCAACGAAUAACUACGUGGAAAAUUCUUUCUGGAACUUUGACGCAUUAUUCCAGCCGCAGCAACAUCCUGCUCGUGAUAUUCAAGACACCUUUUUUGUAUCUGAUCCGCCUAAUUCGUUUACGUUCCCGCCCGCGUAUUUAGAGGCCGUCAAGACUGUACAUUCCGUGGGCGCUUUCGGAUCGAAGGGGUACCAGUAUAAGUGGAAGAUCGAAGAAGCGUGCAAAAACAUCAUGCGAACGCACACGACUGCCAUCAGUAUGAGAAUGCUGUAUGAGUUGGCUCAGCGGAAACCCUUUAAGCCGGUCAAAUAUUUCAGCAUUGACCGAGUAUUCCGAAACGAAACUCUGGACGCAACGCACUUGGCAGAGUUCCACCAAAUAGAAGGACUGGUGGCUGAUCGAGGACUUUCGCUAGCUCAUUUGAUCGGCAUUUUGAACGAAUUCUUUGGCAAACUAGUCAUGAAGCGCCUCCGAUUCAAACCCGCAUACAACCCUUACACCGAACCGUCGAUGGAAAUUUUCAGUUACCACGAGGGCUUGAAGAAAUGGGUGGAGAUAGGUAAUUCAGGAAUGUUUAGACCAGAAGUGCUGCUCCCGAUGGGUCUUCCGGAAGACGUUAGCGUGUGUGCUUGGGGGCUGUCUUUGGAAAGGCCAACGAUGAUCAAGUAUGGCAUAGACAACAUAAGAGACAUGAUUGGUCCGAAGGUUGAUUUGGGGAUGAUAUAUGAUUCUCCCAUUUGUCGUAUUGACAAAUGAUG